CGCUAGUUGCGGAUGUGAAUUAUUGUUUGCCUCAUUUUGUGUAGAAAACUCUUCAAUUUCAACAAUCAUCAAUUUGAUUUUUUUUUUGCUAUCAAAAGAAUCUCAAAAAAAUCAUCUCAAGUGUCAAAGACAGUCAUGGAUACGAGACACAAAUAUCUCAACGGUGAUGUUGACUUUUUGGAAAAUGUUAACAAAAUCAUACCACGAAGGAUGGAACUGCCGUUGAUGAUACAAACGAAAAUUCAAAUAAGAAAGAACAUGUUUGGAAUUAGAUCGCGAUUAUUCCGUCAUAUGAAGUCAUAUGAUUAUAAAUUUCGCUCGCUUGCCGCAGAACCAAAACAAGUCAUACGAGGACACCGUCCACGUGUCACAUUAAAAUCCCUCGCAAAAGCAUCGAGAAAGCCACAAAAAAUACCAAAACUUGAUCGUUCGAUUGUUGACAAAUCAUGGGAAUGGAAAUUGCCACCAAAUGUCUAUUGUCUCAGUGACUUUACAAAAUCACUUAAGAAGAUGGGAAAGCGUGGGCCUUAUCAGUGUUUCACAGUCGAACGCGAUGAGAAAACUGUCAAAAAUCAUCACGCACCAAAGCCUGAAAAUGAACGCUGUGAGACAGACUUUUAUGAUCUACCAUCACAAAUUGAUGAUGGAACGAAGCCUUCGAAUUCUUAUAAAAAUAAAUUUUUUAAAGGACCACGAUUUGUGGAAAUAAAAGAUGAUGGAAUUCCACCACCAACAAAAUAUUAUCCACAAAAUUUUUCAAUAAAGCUGACAGCGUGUGAAAAAAAGAAGUCAACGAAGGACAAUCCCAUAUUAUAUUAUCCUCAUACGACAGUUCCUGUGAGGGUGAUGGAAUUUAAUAAGGAACGAAAUACACCGGAACCAGGACGUUAUAAUCUUCAUAAUUUGUCAUGUCAAUGUCGUAUGGCUGAGACAAAAGAUCGCACAAUACACAAAAUUCAUGAUGAAGGUCGUCCUCGUCAUCGUUUUGAAAUGAAAAAUGAUAAGCAGACAGUUGACGAUAUAUCACUACCAAAAAAGUCUGUUAUCAAUCGUGAGCCGAUUUCGUUUCGUUUAAAAUCAUCUGCAAGUUGUGAAGAUUUAUAUCCAUCAUCAAUUCAACGUGAAAUACGUUUUAAUACGAUGAUAAAAAAGAAAAAUUUAUUUAGUACAAAAACUGGACGUCCCGUUGCUUUCUUAACAGCAGCGCCACGUUUUGAGGAGUCAUCCGAGAAGCCAAUAAAAUUGUACAAGAAAAAGAGUAAAAAAUUAUUGCAGCCCGAAAAGUCAGAGACGAGUGGAAAAACCUCAACAGUUUCACUAACAAAAACUGACAGUAAGCAAAAACCAAAGGGAAUGACAAAGAAGCGCUUGGGUGAAUUGGCAACGCCAAAGACUGUUCCACUUCAAACGAGUGCAUCUGAUAAAGUUCAAGUUUUUACAAAUCCACCAGCAUUCUCAUUUCGGAGCUUGGCAUCAAAUGUACGACCGUUAAAAAAAGUUUCUGCAUUCUCUGAUAUUGAUAUAAGGCGAUUGCGUGAGAUUGUACAGAAGGAACAAGAGGAAGUUGUGGGAAUACAGGAACAAAAUAUUUUUGUGUCUAAUAAAUAAAAUGGAUUAGACAUUUGCUCUCACAGUUCCUUUAAAGCGAACAGCAAGCUGAACACAAAAAUCAAUUUUCAUUCUCUCUUGAUGACAUGAAACUUUCCUUCUUCCUUCUUAGUUCUUGUUGCUAAUCUAUUAUCCCAUAAAAUUCUUAAUGUAUUUUCUUGCCAAAAACAGAGUGAGAGAAAAGAUGAAGCAGAUAAAGUUGUAAUAAAG